ACUGUCCGCGAGCGGCGGGCCGGCGGCGGCGGUCGCAGGCAUUCUGUCGCGGACGCAGCUCGCGCGAGCUCAACCCCGCGUAUGCUCGCCGAGCUCUACGUGCGUCACCAAACGCAUUUCCCGCCAAAAUAUUACGCGCUCUUUUGUUUUUCUUUUCUUUCUUUUUUUUUUGUUAAUGAAAUCAAAGUGCGAACAGUUUGCGGAGUUUAAAAUUAUAUUGUGAUGCGCUUUUUUAUUUCGUUUUUGGUUUUGUUCUUUGUGUUUUUUUCGAAUUCGUCUGAAGGCAUCCGAUGGUUAGCGUUGCACGAGAGUGUGGGCAACUGGACCGAGGAGGAUUGCGUGGAGGCGCGUAGCAGCGGCGCACUAUGGGAGGGCCAGGCGCACGCGUGCCGGCGCCAGCCCGCGGCCAUGGCGCACGUGGCGGCCGCGGCGCGCCUCGCACGCAGCGCCUGCCUCGCCGCGCACGCUGGCGAACGGUGGAACUGCUCCUCCAUAGAGCUGGCGCCAAAGUUUACGCCUGAUUUACUCACAGGCACGCGCGAGCAGGCGUACGUAUACGCGAUGUCAGCAGCGACACUGGUGUGGUCAGUAGCACGAGCGUGCGCAGCCGGCGCGCUUCCAGCUUGCUCGUGCGCCGCGCCGCCGCGUGCACCGCCCCGCCCCCCGCGCCAGGCGCAAGCGCCUGAACCGCACGCGCGAUUCAAGUGGGGCGGGUGCGGUGACAACUUUCAGUGGGCGGAGAGAUUCGCCAAGCAAUUCCUGGAUGCGCACGAGAUAGACGUCCGAGAUGGCAAGAUCGAAGACUUUUUCGACCUCGAGAUGACGACAACCGAAACGACACCGACAACGACCCCAGAAAUCACUACAUCGCCUCCCGUGGUGAUCCUAGUGGAUGACCAGCCGGCGCCUGCUAACUUCACCGCAGCGCCGCGGCCUGGGAGAAAAGGGAGGAAAGGGCGCAAACGGCUGCCGAGGUCCCCUCGACGGGGCAGGCCGACAAGGAAACGGUUCAGAUCAAGAUCAAGAUACGAGUACGAAGACAGAGGCUCCCGCUACCGCAACAUCGAGUACCGCAUGGCGGCCGACGACCCGCGCUUCGACCCGCAGGUGGACCUGCGCACGCGCCUCGAGCGCCUGCGCCCGCUCAUCGCCUCCGCCAACUUGCUCAACGCACGCUUCGGCCGAAAGGCGGUGUCAACGGGCAUGCGCACCAAAUGCACGUGCCACGGCGUAUCAGGCUCCUGCUCUGUCCGCACGUGUUGGCGCUCACUGCCUCCACUCGGCCGCGUGGGCGCCGCUUUGGCUGCGGACGCCGCGCGCGCCGGCCCGCUGCGCCCGCGCCGCCAUACUCCACGCCGAGCCAAGCCCAAGCUCAGAUAUGUGACGCCCAGCCCUGAUUACUGCGAGCCCGAUGUUGCAGCCGGCUCCCUUGGAACUCAUGGAAGGCAAUGCAACGCCAGCCUGGGCAGCGCGCCGGGCGGCUGCGGACGGCUGUGCUGCGGGCGCGGGAGGCGCGCCGUGCGCUCGUCCCGCCUGGAGCGCUGCCACUGCCGCUACCACUGGUGCUGCCGCGUCGACUGCCAGCUCUGCCGCCUCACCACCGAGGAACACUACUGCAACUGAACUACCGCAAAAUGAAGAAUAACACCAUGUUAACAUAGUCUACAGCCCCAUCAGACUAAAUUUUACAAAUUCGCACUUAAGCUUUCCAAGAUGCCACAGCACUGCCACUGGUGCUGCCGCGUCGACUGUCAGCUCUGCCGCCUCACCACCGAGGAACACUACUGCAAUUAAUCUGCCAUUCGAACAAUAAUAUAAGACUGUAACAACCACUCGCAUACACUACUGCAUUUGAUCUGGCAUUCGAACAAUAAUACCAGACUGCAAUUGAACAUCCUCUCGCAGAACAAGGAAUUCACAUCAUUGCUGUAAAGUCAACAUGAAUACAUUGUUGCAAAAUCGCACUUAUUACUUUAUAAGAUGCCACAGCUGCCACUGCCGCUACCAUUCUGGUGCUGCCGCGUCGAUUGCCAGCCCUGCCGCCUCACCACUGAGGAACACUACUGCAAUUACCCUGCCACGCGAACAAUAAUAUCAGACUGUAACAACCACUUGCAGAACAACACCAUUGUUGUAUUGUCAACUGGAGAUCAGACUAUACCUACUUAUUACAAACUAUAAGAUGCCACAACGCUACCACUGGUGCUGCCGCGUCGACUGCCAGCUCCGCAGCCUCAUCACCGAGUAACACUACUGCAACUGAACUAAAACUCCAACAUAAUCGACAGCACAAAAGACUAGACCCUUUGUUGCAAAAUAGCACUUAACGAAAAUCGACAACCGCUAUUAACAACUUUCAUGCCUGACCACCUAGGAACAACUACUGCCGCGUUGACUACCAGCUAGUUAUGCCUAAUUGAACUACCAGUAGCAGAACAAUGAAUAACAAUAAUACAAAAUAAUGUUAGUACAACCGACAUACAGAUACCGCCUCACCACCGAGGAACACUACUGCAACUGAACUAAUCUCUAAUGAAUAAUACCACAAGUCACAACAGGGGAUAACACUAUUAAAAUCGACAGGAAAUAAUGACUAUGCAUAACAGCUUUUCCGAUACCACUAAGUAUAAUAAAGUCGGUCCAUUAUGUCCUCCGAGACCUAACCGGUCAAAAUCUGAUGUUAAAGAUCUUUGUGUAGAUCUAUGUCAAUACUUAGAGCAAUAUUAGAACUAGAAUAUGUCUUUAUUGGUCUUGUUAUAAUAAAACGAAGCUAAUAAUAUCAAUUUUAAUCUCAUUUAAAUUCAUGCAACCUACAUGAUAUAAAUACAUCAGUAGGUAAAUUAUUAUGAGCACAUGUCGCAGCUCACUAACUGUUGUUGACAUUCAUUUCUUGUACUUGUAUAACUUUGGUAAUUUUUGCUACGUUUUCGUGCGGUAUAAUUGAAAACUGUUUCAUUCGAUUACUUUUCUAAAAGCUGUUUGUGACCAAAGACUAUUUACACCAAAAUAAUAUUUUUAUAGCUAUGACAACUAGUCAUUUUAAUUUAUUUAUCAUUGCCAUGUAUAAAUCAUUCAAAUAAAUAUAAUUAGGUACAUAAAAUAAGUGAGUAAUAGAUGUAGUAGUAUUAGGAGUUUUAGAAAACUUAUAAUGAUACAUAACUAUUUAACAUCUAUCUCUUGCAGUCUUUUUAGUCUGCCUAUUUAUUUGUUUCUAUUUAUUUGAAGACUGUUAAUUUUAAACAUAUCGGAAACGUAAUACUUUAAAUGUAAUCGAUUUCAUAACUAUUAUCACGACAAUAAACGGUUAUAAUUAAGUUUAUGUUAGUUCGGCACUAUAGGCGCUAUAAAUAUGGC